CGGGAUUAAACGCGCAUAAACACGUCUAGAACAAUUAAUUUAUUUUUUUUUUUUUUAUCAGCAUGGCAGAGGAUGAGGAUAAGCGCUUUCAGGAUCUUCCUCAAGUCGAACAAUUGUUGGAAGAAUUCAAGGCGUUAAAGAUAUUAAAGGAAAUAGAAGAAUCUCGGAGAAAUAUUGAUCAUGAGAUGCAAGAAUAUGAACAACGACAUGUAGAACAGUUUCAAUCGAGUCAAAGUGAAUUAGAGCGAUUGAGGGCAAAAGAAGCCAGUGUGAUUGAAGAAUACAAGACCAUGUUGGAAAGAAAUAAGCAAUCGAAACUAGGACAUGAAUCUAUGGAAGAGAAUAUUCGACAACUCGAUGUGCAGAUUGCUGAAUUACAGAGAGAAAGAGAAUCAUUGAUGAAGCAAGUUCAAGUGUUGCGUGAAAAGGAAUUUUCACCUACCAAUAUUCCUAGUACAGAGUAAAUAAAAAAGGGAGAAAUGAUGAUCGUCCGCUGAUCAUACCCAAUGCAUAGGCUUACACUUGCCUUAUUUGAAGGGCUAGGGAUUAAACCAGUGAUGGAAGAUGGACAAGUAAAGAAGUUGAUACUAGAAACUCAGGAUAAGUUACGUUCAUGUGUAUUUGAUGUGACUGAGCGUAGUGCGUCAUAUAAUACAAGCUUCAUUUGGAAGUUUCUUGCGAAAGGAUUAGACGAAUAAAUAGUUUAUUAUACCCCCCUCCUAUAUUUAUGAAGUAAGGGACCAAAAUGUAUUAAUAAAA